AUGUCUUCUGAUCCAACAGCGAAGUUGACGAAAUUGAGAGAAUUGAUGAGAGAGAGGAAUAUUGAUGCUUAUAUCGUCCCAUCCGAAGAUGCUCACGCCUCGGAAUACCUCGCACCUUGUGACGCAAGAAGAGCAUUCAUAACUUCUUUUACAGGAUCAGCGGGAUGUGCAAUAAUAACUAGGGAUGAAGCUAAGUGUUGGACAGAUGGCAGAUACUGGUUACAAGCUGAAAACCAAUUAGGCGAAGGAUGGACACUGAUGAAAGCUGGACUGAAUACAACUCCAACGUGGGGAGAAUGGCUCAAGUCGGACCUACCACCAUCAUCUAGAAUAGGUAUUGAUCCAACUUUGAUAUCAAAGUCUGAAUGUACGACCUUAUCAACAUCACUCUCAACUUCACCUAUCAAUUCAACUCUAAUACCUAUAACCGAAAAUCUGAUCGAUAUACUAUGGUCCGAUUCUGAUAAACCAUCUCGACCGUCAAAUGAGAUUUUCCAUCUAGAAGAUCAGUAUACGGGAGAGAAUGUAGGUUCCAAGAUAAAUAGAUUAAGAGACAAAUUGAAGAAAAUAGGUAGUCCCGGUAUGGUAAUUGCAGGUUUGGAUGAAGUUGCUUGGUUAUUCAAUUUGAGAGGUUCAGAUAUACCUUAUAACCCUGUGUUCUUCGGUUAUGCCAUACUCACUAAAGAUGAUUGCACUUUAUUUGUUUCACCUACAUCAUUGACUGAUUCAGUUAGACGCUAUGUACGUGAAAAUGGAAUAGCCGUACUGGACUAUGAUCAGAUUUGGCAUUCUUUAAGCAAUUGGCAAAAGAGAUUAAAUAUGGAAAGAUCCCAAUCCCAAUCGCAAUCGCAAAGUCAGCCUCAGUCACAAACGAAUGACGUGGAAAUGGACAAUCAGCCAGCUAAAAGACCAAGGACAGAUGGGGAAACAUUAUCAAUAUUAACAGAGAAGAAGGAAAAUGAGGCGAAGAUUAUCAAGACUGAUAAAGUCCUAAUUGGUGGUAAAACAAGUUGGGCCGUAGCUAAAGCUGUUGGAGAAGAUAAUGUCGAAGUUAGAAGAUCAAUGAUAGAGGAAUUCAAAGCUAAGAAGAAUGCCACCGAGAUAGAAGGUUUCAGACAAUCUCAUAUACGUGAUGGAGUCGCUUUAGCAAGAUAUUUCGCUUGGCUAGAAGAUGUCUUAAAUAAAGAUGAAACGUGGACAGAAUAUGAUGCUGCCACUAUAUUGGAGAAUUACAGAAAGGAGAAUAAGUGGUUUAUGGGAUUAUCAUUCGAGACUAUAUCCUCGACAGGUGCAAAUGCGGCUAUCAUCCAUUAUGCCCCACCAAAAGAAGGUUCCGCAACCAUUGACAAGGAAAAGAUGUAUUUGUGCGAUUCAGGAGCUCAAUAUCUUGAUGGAACAACUGAUGUCACGCGAACUUGGCAUUUCGGUUCACCAACUGAUGAAGAAAUAAGAGGUUUCACACGUGUGCUGCAAGGUCAUAUAGCUCUGGAUACUGUCAUUUUCCCUCAAGGCACAACAGGUUACAUCCUGGAUGUUCUGGCUAGAAGGGCACUGUGGUCAGACGGACUUGAUUAUCGCCACGGGACAUCUCAUGGGAUCGGUUCAUUCUUAAAUGUUCACGAGGGUCCUCAAGGUGUUGGACAGAGACCAGCAUACAAUGAAGUACCCCUCGUCGAAGGAAUGAUCAUUUCAAACGAACCUGGAUAUUACGCUGAUGGGAAAUUCGGAAUACGGCUGGAAGGAGUUGAUAUUAUAGUGAGAGCGGAAACGAGGGAGAAUUUCGGCGGGAAAGGUUAUUUAGGUAUGGAAAGGAUAACUAUGUGUCCAAUCCAGACUUCCUUGAUAGAUGUAUCAUUACUCACCCAACCUGAGAAAGAAUGGUUGAACGAAUAUCACUCUGAAGUGUUGGAAAAGAUCGGACCUCUGCUGGGAGAAGUGGGAGAUGAUAGGGCUUUGAAUUGGUUGGAAAAGGGGUGUAGGCCUAUAUGA